GUUGGGUUCUGCAGCCGCUGAAAUGCGCAAAAGGCAGCAAUCACAAAAUGAAGGAACGCCUGCUGUGGCUCAAGCACCUGGAAAUCAGAGGCCCAACAACACCUGCUGCUUCUGCUGGUGCUGCUGCUGCAGCUGCUCCUGCCUCACUGUUAGGAAUGAAGAAAGAGGAGAGACUGCUGGGAGACCCACACACACCACCAAAAUGGAGAGCAUCCAGGUCCUGGAGGAAUGUCAAAACCCCACCAUGGACGAAAUCUUAUCCUGGUCCCAAAAUUUUGACAAGAUGAUGAAGACUCCUGCGGGAAGAAAUCUUUUCCGAGAGUUCCUCCGAACAGAGUAUAGUGAAGAAAAUCUACUCUUCUGGCUGGCCUGUGAAGACUUAAAGAAAGAGCAGAACAAAAAAGACAUUGAAGAAAAAGCCAGAAUGAUAUAUGAAGAUUACAUUUCUAUACUAUCACCAAAAGAGGUCAGUCUGGAUUCUCGAGUUCGAGAGGUGAUCAAUAGGAAUCUGCUGGAUCCUAACCCACACAUGUAUGAAGACGCCCAGCUGCAGAUCUAUACCCUAAUGCACAGAGAUUCUUUCCCAAGGUUUUUGAACUCUCAGAUUUAUAAGUCAUUUGUUGAAAGUACUGCCGGCUCUUCUUCUGAAUCUUAAUUUGCAUUAAAAAUAAAAAUCAUUACAGAGGGCUAGGAUGGGAAAUAAAAGUAUUUCGGUACUGUCAGAAGUUGAGUUCCUGGAAAACUACAGGUUGGCAUCCUCAGGCUACUGUGAAAAUACAACCAUUAUUGUCCUUGUCUCCAUUUAUAUCAAAGUUAACUGUGAUUAAGUUUGGCGAGAACACCACAUGAACCAAUGAAUUGCCAAAUUGUUUGCUUUAUUCAGAACUCAUUCUCCUUGCAAGCAAGCCGUAUCUGUAGUCUACCAUCUCCCAGUGUUUCUCCAAAGACUGCAUGUGCAAAGUAAAAACUGCUUCAUUUGC